AUGUUAGAUGUCGGCUACUCCAGAAGAAUUGACGAUUAAUUCCGAGGUUGUUUGCCAUUAUGAUGGCUGUAAACGAAUUUUUCGUAAUUCUUCUGCGCUUCAAAUGCAUCUCGUAAAAAAGCAUAAUGUACGAGGUCCCUUUCGGUACGCUCCACAAAAAGAUUCAACAACUGGGCUGUAUGUCAAGGAGGCUAAUAGCAGGAAACAGCUUUACUGUCCAAUUGAUACGUGCUGCAGAGGAAGGAAUAGUGGAAAGCCAUUCAACAAGUUGGGAAAUGUGAAACAGCAUUUUCAUAGCGUACAUGGAGAGAAACGGUUUGCAUGUGGACGUUGUAACAAGAAAUUUGGUCUGAGUGAUGUAUGCAAGAGACAUGAAGUAGAGUGUGGACUCACCUUUCAAUGUUCAUGUAAAGAGAUAUUUAGAAACAGAGCUGCAUUACUAUCACAUGCUAAACGAAACGAACACCAAUUACCACUUGCUUUUCGGAACAAGUCUAGAUUAAUAAAGAAUCAACAGGAAAUUACGUCUAGUACAACAGCACAUCAGGCUAUUGUCUUAACAAGGCCAGUAGGAGUUAUGAAUAUUCACUUUCCUGUACAUGUAGACUCUUCCACAGUUAGCACACAAACUACAGGGUUUGACUCGUGUGACUUAAUACAAUGGAUGCCAUCUCCAACUGUUGCAGUUCAAUCAGCUACAACAGAAUCUCAAAUCGACACUGAAGUCAAUGGCUCUGUUAUUUCUGAAUGCUUAACACAAACACAGGAAAACACUAGCAUGACUGAACAUGCAACAGAAGAGCCUUCUCUUGCUGCCAUAGUGCAAGCAGGUGAGGAAUGGAUGCCGACAAUUGACAUUGGAAUUCAAACACUUGUUUCUGAUCAAUGUGCUGAGAAUUGUAUUGUGGGAUGUGACUCUUCUUUGGAAGAUCAACUUCUCUCGUCUGUUGGCUCACAGACAGAUAUCACAUGGACUCAGCUAUUUGGUGACGACCUGCAAUUGUUCAGUACUGAGGUUGGUCAUUCUGUAUCAACACAAACAUGGACAACAGAUAUGGGUGGAGGAGCAAGCGAAAUGACUGAACAACUCAUGUGUCGGUCUACCUAGCUAGACAGUGAAGUAUAGAGGUAUAUGAAUGACAAGGUUAUUGUUUGUUAGAUAAAAGGUAUUAUUCUUGGGUCAUGCACACUUAGAUUGAUCUGUGUGUGUAUAUGUGAUGUAUAUGUACUGUAUAUAUAUACAAGAGACUGUAAUUAUUA